CGAAUUGGCGUUCUUCCUAGUCUUCUAGAUCGCUGACUUCUGAAUUCUGAUACCUCACCAAACUCGGAUACAAAAGGAAGGCCUGGCCAGUCCGAAUUAAAAUAUAAUUUUGAAAUUAAUUAAAUAAAAAAAGGGGAAAACAAAAAAACGAUCUUUGUAUGUUAAUGGCGUCUCGGGCCAAAAACACGUCUUCCCCUGAUCUCUGUUCGUCAGAGAUACUGCAGUUUUUCCAUUUUUCACCCUUCAGAUAGAAGAGGUUGAGUUGAGUGGGCACAGAUAAAGGAUAGUGGUAUUUAGGUGAUGUCUUUUGACGCUAACGAGAAGCAAUGGAAAUGUGUAAAAGGUGGUACAGUGAAUUUUCAGAGAGUGAGUUCGAUAGUUCGCGAUAUUGGAGAGCCUUGCCUCUAUCAGUCACCUAUAAAGAUAAACAAAAUGCUUAAGCCAGAGAAGUGGCAGGCAACCUUUGACUCUGAAGGAAAGAUUCUUGGUUUUCAGAAAGUACUGAAGUUAAUUAUUCUUGGGGUAGGUGCUUCAGAAGUCUUGUAUGAUAUAAUGAGGUUACUGGCUAUCAUUUCCAAUACUUCCUUUACUCUGCUGUCUUUACAAUAUGAAGGUGUCUUAGCCUUUGGAUUGCUCAUGAUGGCUAAAAGUUUUCAGCUUUAUAAGAUUUCAGAAUGUUAUUAUCCUGGUGAGCUGGUAGAAAAGGCGUUCAUUUUGGUUCCGGCACAGAAUCCUACUGAAACUUAUCUGUCAUCAAUCCUAUCUCCAUAUUUCUGUCUUAAAACAUGUCACUACAAGCUUAGUUUGAGUAGUUUUGGAGAUUUUGCCGGUGGACAGAGGCCGAGGGUUACUCCUUUUGGUGCGUGUGUUUUAAUGCCGGGGGUGGAUCCAUCCAUAAGGCCUGAAGUGUGGGAAUUUCUUUUGGGUUGUUAUUCUUUGAGCAGCACUGCUGAAUACCGGAGGCAGUUAAGAACUGCUAGGAGUUCAAGUGGAACUGUAAACAAUCCCAGUGGAAAUCAUCUUCUUGCGUAUGUCUUUGCUGCCUGGGAGCGUUACAGAGAUCUUGUGAAGCAAUGUCAAAUGAUGCACUCAAGCAUCGGAACUGGUUCUCUGGCCUAUAUUGUAGGGUCAAAAGUCAUGGACAUGAGGAUUAGUUCCAAAGAAGAUAGGGGAAGGGAUACUGAAGUUCAAAGUGCACGAUUUACAGAUGCCACUUCUAACAAUAUAGAAGAUAACUUUGUUAUGAACCGCAAAUCUUCCGAUAAAUCUUACACAUGUGAAAAGGAGGGUUCUGAUGAUUCUGGUGACCUUGUAUGUGUACGAGACAGUGCCAUGGGAGGAGCUUAUGAUUCGACUUGUCGUACACCAUCCCCUGAUCCAUGCAACUAUACUUUCCCAACUGCUCAUGAAACUCAUGAGCCAAAUUAUAUGGCUGAAAAUUAUUUGGAUUUUCCCACUUUACCUUUUAGAGAUUUGUUUGAAGAGAAUAAUGAAGAUACAAAAGUAGAUAGUUUACAUGAGGGCAAAAACUCAUCAAAGCGCAAGUUGAGAUAUGAUGAUGAGCAUAUGCACAGUUUUGAAAUUGACAACAAUGCAGAUCUUGUAGUGGAAUCAGAUAGUCUCCCAUCUAAUAGUGUGUCACUAUAUGAUAACCCCAAAAGUGACAUUAUCAAUUCUGACAUGCGUGAAUCCAUUUCCCGGCCAAGUAACUUGGAAUAUGGGCCAGAAUUGUUCAAUGGGCUUAGAAUAUCGGAUGCACCAGAAUUGCCAGCCCAAUAUGCGACAACAUCCCAAGAAGGAGCAGCCAGUGAAGACAGAGUGUCUGAAUGGCUUUGGACACUGCAUCGUAUAGUCGUUGAUGUGGUCAGAACGGAUAGUCACCUUGAAUUUUAUGAGGACACAAAAAAUUUAGCACGGAUGUCAGAUAUUCUUGCUGUCUAUGCAUGGGUUGAUCCUGCAACAGGAUAUUGCCAAGGCAUGAGCGAUUUAUUGUCCCCCUUUAUAGUGCUUUUUGAAGAUAAUGCUGAUGCUUUUUGGUGCUUUGAGAUGCUUUUAAGGAGAAUGCGAGAAAACUUUAAGAUGGAAGGGCCAACUGGUGUCAUGAAGCAGUUGCAAGCUCUCUGGCAUAUAUUAGAACUUACAGACAGGGAGAUGUUUUCUCACUUGUCCCACAUAGGUGCCCAGAGCCUUCACUUUGCUUUCCGUAUGCUCCUCGUACUCUUCCGACGAGAAUUAUCUUUCAAUGAAGCUCUUUGCAUGUGGGAGAUGAUUUGGGCUGCUGAUUUUAAUGUUACAUUGACUUGUCUUCUGGAUGAAAAUUGCCCGGAAGUAUUGGCUAUACAGUUAUCUAAGGAAGCAGAAACUGAAUCUGGCGAAGAAAGCACUGAUUGUGGCGGUAAUCCUUCAAAACAUGGAACUGUGGAGCGCUCGAUUUCUGACAAUGGAAUUGAAUCACUAGCAGCCAGACCAUUUUGUGGCUUGACAAAAACUUUCUGGUCAAGGAGUGACCAUUUUCAGAUACGUACCCUUGUAUCAUCAACAAAAAAUGGUGACGAUGAAUUGCCUGUUUUCUGUGUAGCAGCUGUUCUCAUUAUAAACCCAAAAGCCUUGCCCUUGCUUUCUCUGCCAUCUCUUUUGCUCGGGCACUCGACAGGGAAUACGGUUUAUGUGGUGAUGGCUUCAGAUUUUCGGCCUUUUCGAUUUUUGGCUGCAGGGCUUUGAAGUGGAAAUAUGUGGUUGAUUGGUCUUGUUCAGAAUGGCCAUGCAGGUCAGGAUAUAUAUUAUAUAGUUUUCAAUGAUAGGUAUUUAUACAUUUAUACACUCGGAAGAGAAUUUUCUGUAUCAUCAGAUUUCAAAACUAUAUUAUAUCAAUCAAUGACGAGGAAGUAUUAUACAAGAUGAUUAACCAAUGGGAAAUGUUUUGUAGUU